GGCAUACAAAACUGCAAAGACACAGACUCCACUCGGCGUAUCUUUUGAUGCCAUUGGAGAGCCUCAAGUGCACCGUGUUUCUCAUCUCAAACUUCUGGCGUUGAUCCUCUAGUCUUGCUGCUCGAGAAGGACGCAAGCGACUGCAGAAAAUCAAGUGCAGCGACGCGCCAUACGCUGCAUGCGCCUGGUGCCCUCCACCUUUUUACAUGAGCCGUCCAGCAACGGCUUCUUCGGUGCCGGCCGCCUCCGGCAGUGAUCGUGUCAGUCGGCCAGGUUCGUCGCAAAUUGUCCGGGUCCCUCAUCUUGCUUGUACAGACGCUUGUCUCGUAGAUCAAGCACGAGCACAAGCAUGGACCUUGGAUGAUUAUGCGCGCUUGCUGUAUGGACUGCGCGAUCACUUGAAAGAUCGCAUCAAUGAACUGCCCUUUGCGGCAAUCGCCUCGAAAUUAGGACACUGCGAGCACAUCGCCAAGACGCGUUACGUUCGCCUACGUUUUGUUCUCAACAAUAUUGGUAAAUGGGGUGAUGUCCUAGCGACCGUCCAGCAGCUCGCUCUCGCCAAGCAGCGCAAACCGAAUAGCGCUUCCAGCAGCAUUACCCACGAGCAGUUGGCGGCGCGGGUUCGAGAGUAUGCUCCUGAGGUGGAGAAUCUCGAUGCACGGUAUUACGAGUUGAAGAAGGCACAAAGCAUACAAGUUCGCGAACGGCAAGGUACGUCAGCAAGUCCUGUGAAGCAACAAGCGGUCGGUAUGCCAGCGCCAUCGACCAUCACGCCAGUGCAAAUGGCUAGUCUGACCACUCCUCAGCCGGUAACUGGAACUAUCGCCAUCAGUCAAACGCCUGCUCAGCAUGUUGAAACACCACUCAAUGAUUCUCAAGCUCUGGACGCGCCCCCAAGCCGGCCAAUUACACCCUCGAAAGCAGAUGCUGCUGAUGGGAAGCAUAUGCCCAUGAUCAGCGAGCUGGAGAUAGACCCUGCAGAAGAAGACGUGGUCGAUGCAACGAAUGGCACUGCUCUGGAUGAUGCGCCCAUACCGGACGCGCCGAUUACACAAGAAGCAAUGUCUCAAGAUGACUUGCAAGCACUCGCUGCGCCAGUCAGUCUUGUCGCGCCAGAAGUUGCUGCGCCAGAAGUUGCUGCGACAGAACUUGCUGCGACAGAUGUCACCAUGUCGGACGAGUCCUUGCUAACAGUUGAGCCUACCAGAAUGGCUGAUGCCACUCAACCAGCCGAGCUGGGCAAGAAGGAUUCGGUUGUACCUGAUCAGCCACAUGCAUCGAAUAUCACUUCUCCUGAGUCGUCACGCGACGAUGUGCUCCAAUCUCAGUUGCCCCUGCAGCAUUCAGUCGCAACGACAACACCAGCAACACUCUCAACAGAUGCGCUUGGCUUUCAAAUCCAGGCACCUGCUGCUACUGAGUCUGCUUCAGUACCGGGAGAAACUCCGGCGGAUCCUCAGUCAAUGUCAAAAGGCAGUCCUCGAAAUGGAACGCCUCAGGUUGCGCCCAAGGCUUCUUCCAGACAAUCAUCUCCGGGCAAAACGCGUAAGCGCAGCGAAAUUCCAUCGGACGCACAAAUCAUUGACGUUGAUUCCGCGCCAAACAAGCCAGAUGAUCACACCGUCCUUGCACUGCAGGAUGUUCAAGCUAUGCCGGCGGACCAGUUGAUGACAUGGUCAGACCCCGACUUGCUCGGCCUUAUUGAUUUCAUCUCUUACAUUGCAGUGACACCGCACGUCUGCUCUUGGAGCCGCGAAAGAUUGAGUACAGCGGCUGGCAGCGCCAUCAAAAAUCGUUCAGCCGACGAUGUCUUUACUGCUGGCCGCGCGUUCCUUGAUCGCAUGAGACCUGCGAGGCCGAGAGAGAAGGAUGCUUUAGCUUUGGCACUCAAGAAACUACGAUUCAUCCUUGAGGCAGAGCUUGCAGAUGCAUGUGCAGCAAAGCAACGGAUAGAGAUGGCAAUGUCUCAAGGACGCAUAUUGCCGCAGGAAUGGCCAAAUACGGCCCAGACAAGCAUCUUCCCACCUUGGCAAUCAGCUACUCCCGCUUCUGAUGCACCGGUCCAGCAAAGUGGCAUGAUCGCCAACGCCGCGAAGCUGAAUGGCGCGCCUCGGUCUGCUCAUCCUUCUUCCUCUGUCAAUCAGGGAAAGACUCAUUCAACAGACGGUACACCAUUGCAGACGCAACCAAAACCAGCAAGGAGUGUUGUUCGCGUCGCGGAAGCACCCAAUAAGCAAGUUCAACAGCGACAGGAAGCAGCGAUCAGACCUGCGUCCGGCGUGCGAAUGCCACCAAGAGCUGAUGCUGGUUCUGGCUCCUACGAACCAAUGCCAGAACAGCUUCACCGCCAGGCCCAGCAAGUGCGCUACCAGCAGAUGCAGCAGCAACAGUGGCAAGUGCAGCAACAACAACAGCAGCUUCUUCAGCAAUUCUAUCAGGCUCCACAGGGUUCGCCACAGCUACAGCGAUCACCAAGUCUGAAUCAGUUUCCGCGAUCACAGACAGCCUCCUCUAGUGGACAUGAUUUCAAUUCCGCUCCUCUGAUGCAUAAUCGCGCGCUGCCCUCUUCAAUUGCGGGACCUGGUUCCCCUGCAGAAAGCAUGGCCUACUUCCCCAUGCCAUCUUGUACGAUUGACGCAGCCCGUCUCCGAAUCUCCGCUCUCGAGCAACAGUGCCACUCAAUUGAAGAGCGCGUUCGUCAAGAGCUGGUGAGCAAACCUGCAGCUGAUCCAGGUGUACGGUCGCAAGUCAAAGCCUUUCGCCAACUUCUUUCUUCACUCCGUUCUGAGUUGGACAAGUUCAAUGAACAAAUGCGUCUUUUGCACCUUCCUACAGUCUCAUCUCCCUACCUAGCGAGCUUGCAGAGGAGGGGCUUUCCGCCCAAUUUCGUCAGUCAGGAGCAAGCAAAUGCUCAAAUGCUCUCUACCAUGCUAGUUCCACAAUCUCACUCAAGACCCCAUCCACAGUCCAUGCAGACGCAGCAAAGCCAAACGAUUCAAGCGCCGCAACAGUCAACGAGACGCUCUAACAGCUAUGACAAUGCCUCACAGCUGCACACACUCGCAUCAGCCCAAUUUGCAGCACCGCAGAAAUUCGCACAAAAUGACCUUCAAAGAAAGAAUACCGCCAACAGCAAUGCAGCCGAGCCCUCGCCGAGCCCGCUUCGCUCCAUGUUUUCGCCCAGUAUGCCGCCGCAAGGCUUUGCAACCCCAGAAGUGCCGACACAACAGAUACCACCCCCACCACGGAUGUACUCUCAAACAUGGUACAGGCUACACGAUUUGAUUCUCAAGUAUGAGACUUUACAGAACGAAGAGCUCGAGCGGGCAGGCAUGUCUGCUGCGGAUCGAAUGGCUCACAUUGCAUCACAGCGGCUCUAUGCGAAGGCUGGCAUUCCCGCCGAGUGGCUAAUGGCGUACUGGGAACAAGUAUACAGCAUGUCGGAUCUUGAAGUGCAAAACUUGUUCUCCCGUCAAACGCUCGCAACUGGCAGCACUGACCUAUCGUCGGGUGCUACGACGGCAGGUACCUGGCAAGGCGCUGCUGCGAUGUCUACCGCACCCCCAUUAUUCCGAUCCGUUCAGAUUGGGUGGCAAGCUCCCCCGGAGUCAGGCUCAGCACAGUUGCAGUCCUUGCCGAGCUCAUCGGCACCAACUACACCUCAACUCUCUACCGCCAAUGCACCUCUUGGCCAGGCGAAUUCGACCCUUGCAACCUCGAGCAGACCCUCCACCAGCGCAAGUCAGAUGGCACCGCCUCCAGCCUCGGUCGCACAAGCGGCACCAAUGCCUCCAUCAGGAGCAUCGAAUCAUCCUAUUUCAAUGCCGGCCACGAGCACAGACACUGCUCCCAACGGUGUCAAGAUGUCGACGUCUCUCCAGCAACGCGUUGCAGACUUGCGCGCUCAGCUGACAGAGUCGCAGAUGGCGCUCGACAAUGUCCAACGCAAGGCAUCUGCAGAGACACAGUCCAAUCGGCAAGAGACCACGGGUCAGCGUGCAGAUCUGCCACAAAAGCGCCCCUUGUCUGAUGCGAUGCAGUCAGCUGAAAAGAAGCGCAAGGAAUCGCCUCGUUUGCCACCAGUCUUUCCAUCGCAUGUGGUGGAAACACGGUCUCCAGCCGUGUCACCCGUCGCUUCGCCAGUCGUCGUGCAGACACCUUGGCAAGCUGCUUCCGCUGAAGCUGCUGUUGCCGUGCCAACACCGGUUGUGCCUGUCUCGCCUGCUGUUCAUCCCAAAGACCCAAUCGAGGCGUCAGUCAAGACAGAAGUCGCCAUGGAUGCUGUGCAGCAGCCUUCUCCGGUCAGUCAAAUUGGCGCAUUGCCAAAGCCCUCUGCAGACAUUACGCCGCUCAAGAAGUUUUUGGAGCUGCAGGUUCCGCUUGAAGAGAUUGAAGAGUCCUUCGAGAUUUGCCGCGAGGCAUCGACUGAAGUCGAGCGGCAGUAUGCUGUAUCUGCAUUGCACGACUUUUUGUGGAUGUUGCCAGAGUUCAGUGAAGAAGCACGUCGACAUGCAACGGGUGUGCGCAUAUAUCUGAAGCAUCGACGCGUGCAGGCUGCUUUGCUGGCACGCUUGCUGAGGCAAGAGGAAGGUGACAAUACAGGCCCGACCUUGCGCAAACUUGUGGAGGAGGAGAAGGGCUGGCGGCAAUUGUUUCAACUUUAUGGGACCCUGCCUCAACCAUCAUCAACUUGAACUACGUAGAACGUAAAUGCAUACAC